UUAUGCAUGGUACCGAGGGUCACUUUGUGCUCAGUAUUCAUGAGCUUAACUCGAACUGCUGUUGAAUAUAGCAACAUCACCUGGAGGUCAUUGGCGACAAAGCGCAGCAGCGCAGAGACAGGCAGAGCAGCUGUGCAGAGGGUGAAGCGCAACAGAUGAGCGCAUACACACGGCUGCCGCUCUCCUGCUCUGGAUAUCAGACACGUUCAACACAAUGAACACAAACGACGCAAAGGAGUACCUUUCAAAGCGACAGAUCCCUCAGAUGUUUGAGAGCAUGUUAACAGGGCUGAUGUACCAUAGACCUGAGGACCCUUUGGCGUUUUUGGACACUUGCUUGCAAAAAACACGAGACCUUGGAGGUCCCGAGUGCGUGGCAUGGGACACUUUUAUCACGCCUGAUCGAAAACCACUGCCACCCAUCACCCCUGCACAGGGCAAGAAAGCCCCAUGCAAACUUGACGGCGGCACGGGUCCCGGCCCUGGACCAUAUCGUCGAUAUGACAGGCUGCCACCGAUUCAAGCUCAAUUUUCGAUAGAAAGUGACUCAGAUAUGACAGAGUCCUCUGGGCUGAUACAGGAGUAUGACGUCUUUGACCCAUCCAAAUCACGACCGCACAUCAUAUUCAUCGUAGGGGGUCCAGGAAGCGGCAAAGGAACACAGACAGCUAAAAUUGCACACCACUAUGAUUUCCAGCACGUGUCGGUGGGGGAAAUUUUAAGAAACCAGUUGCUGCAUCACGCCACCAGCGACAGAAAGUGGGAACUGAUUGCCCAGAUCAUUGCCAAUGGAGAACUGGCACCUCAGGAGACGACUAUUGAGGAGCUGAAGCAUCAGUUUAUCAAAAAGCAGGAUGCCAAAGGAUUCAUUGUGGACGGGUUUCCUAGAGAGAUAUCACAGGCGUUCACCUUCGAGGAGCAGAUUGGCUCUCCAGAUUUGGUGAUCUUACUCGCCUGCUCCAACCAGAAACUCCGACAGCGCCUAGAGAAAAGAGCUUCUCAACAGGGCCGUCCCGACGACAACACUCACGCUAUUGAGAAGAGACUAGACACUUUCAAACACAAUAUCACACCCAUAGCCAAGUACUACCAUGAGAAAGGACUUAUUGUAAGGGUCGAUGCUGAUCGAGAUGAAGAUGACAUUUUUACAGACAUUUGUGCCAUUGUGAAAGAAAGACUGUUCCCGAGCAACACUCAUGGAAGCUGUACUGAGGAUCUUUAAAUGGACUUUAAAGCAAACAGCUUUUGCCAGCCAAACUCUGUUUUUCCUCCUCUGUUUUCCUAUAAUAUUUUAUUAAUAAGCUCUAUGGUAAAGGCAAUACACUUUAUAAAAUUAUUUGUUGGUUCAACUUAAAAAGUAAGUUACCUGGUUGCCUAAAAAUUACCAAAAAAUAUUAGUUGACUAAAAAAGUUGUGUCAAAUUGUUGUGUCAACUAAUAUUUGAGUUGAAUUAACUAAAAAUUUUAAGGCAAACAGGUACUUACCUUUUUGAAAAGGGACAUAUCAUGAUAAUCUGAUUUGUCAGAAUAAUUGACAGCACAACAGAAUUUCAAUUUCAACAAACCACCAUUAUGGUGAUCAGUGUUUGCACUUCAUUACUUAUUUACAUUGAAAAGGACACCCAAAAAUGACAAAUGUUUGCUCACAUCUAAGUGGCAAUUCAAACAUGAUAUAAUAAAUGAUCUGUGGGGUAUUUUGAGCUAAAACUUCACAUAUAAGAUGAUUUAUUUUGCAUCUUAAAAAAGUCUCAUAAUAUUACCCCUUUAAGUUGAACCAAUAUUUGUUCAUAUAUCCUUUUUGUGUAUACUGUAUAUCAUACACUCAAAUGUUUUUCCUCCACUUUCUCACAACAUUUUCUUUAUGGACUGCAGGAAAGUUGAAGAAAAUCUUUUUUAUAACAUUUUUUUGUGUUUUUAUUUUUUUUAUUUUGGAAUAGUUUACCCCAAAAUGAAAAUUAACCCAUAUUUACUCACUCUCUGUCCAUCCCAUAUGUAUAUGACUUUCUUCUUUCAGACAAACACAGUGAGAGUUAUUGUAUAUAAAACCCUGGCUCUUUUCAACUUUACAAUGCAUUGGAUGGUGCCCCAUUUUUAAAGCAGCAAAAAGCACAUCCAUCCAUCAAAAAACAAAUCCAUAAGGUUAUUAAAUAUCUUUUAAUGUAAAGUGAUGGGAUUUGUAACGUUAAAUGACCUCAACUCUCUCAUGAACAUAUAGUUUUUUUAAGUUUAAAAUAUAAAUGUUUCUUUACAUUUAGACAUUUAGUCUUUUGACAAAAAAAUAUAUUUACAAUUAUAUAAAUAUAAUAAAAAUGUAUAAAAUUGAAUUAGCUUAAGUUAUUUAGGCAACUUUGUUAAUUUUUUUAUUUAGAGCAACUUCGUUCUCACUACUCAUGAAAGUUGUAAUUAAAUGCAAUUUUGACAGUGUAUGGACUAUGGUUUCUGAAGGAUGGAUGUGCUUUUUGGAGCUUUAAAAAAUACGGCUCUAUCCAAUGCAAUAAUAAGGCUGAAAGACGAAAAUUUGUAUAUACAAAUUUUUUUUAAAUCCACAAGCUGUUUGUAAACCACUAAAUGAGAUGAUUAAGUAACCGAAAAAAAGACCGAAUGCAGAUUAAUGAUUCAUUUUCUCAUAGGCAUUUUACGGUUUUUGUUUUACAACAUGACAAAUUGGACAGAGACAGAGAGAAAAGAAACAAACCCUCAGGCUGUGUUCUCAUUAAUGGACGUUUAGUCCAGCUGUGCCACAUUCUCACAGUGGAACGUCAAUGAAUACUGACAGUGUGUCUUUGCUGACCGACCUGAAAGUGCCAAAAAAAGUUAAUACUAAAACAUACUUACACCAAAUCAAAACAUAUAGGAAAUUACGGUUAUAAAAGACAAAUUUUUGGAUGCUUUUAAAGGGAUAGUUUGCCCCAAAAUAAAAGUUCUGUCAUCAUUUACUCAUCCUCAUUUUGUACUUAACCUGUAUGAGUUUAUUUAUUCUGUUAAAUACAAAAGAAGAUAUUCACUUUCCAAUAAGGUUGUAUUUGUUAAAGGGACAUUAUGCUAAUUUUUCAGCUCCCCUAUAGUUAUACGCACUGACCGAAAAUAGUCCCCUGCUAUUGAAAGUAACCAAAGGGAAAAUUUUUGGGCACUGCAUAAUAUCACUACGCCUGCUGCAGCCGUGUUACAGUACAUAAGCAAAGUCCUUGAUUAUUACGCCAGAAUGAGAGUAUAGUUGCCUAGAAAAUCACAACUUUAAAUUUUCUGUUGGUAUUCGUACACGAUGUCACUACAGAAGAGUCAAGUUUUAAAUAGGAAAAAUAUCAAAACUCUUUGGUUAUUUUUUAGCCCGAUGCUAAUGGUCUAAUCAGAUUCAAUGGAUUGUGCUAAGCUAUGCUAAAAGUGGUAGCGCCAGAUCGGCUGAAUGGAUUCCAAAACUGUAAGAAUCAAAUGUUUAACUCUAGGGGAGCUGGAAAAUAAGCAUAUUUUCAAAAAAAGUAGAGUGUCUCUUUAAUUUAAGUAAAAGCAUUAGCUAUAAAUCAAUAUAAUUUUUCAGCAUUAAUUAAUCUUUGUCAGAUCAUUGUGUACUAACUAUUGAUAACAGGUACAACUUUUGAUUUUAAUAAUUUAUGUUAAUGAUAAAAUUAACAUGAACUAAGAUAUAAUAACUAAUAAAUGCUGUAAGUAUUGUUCAUUGUAAGUUCAUGCUAGGUAAUGCUUUAACUAAUGUUAAUAAAUAAAAUUAUUGGUAUUACUGUAAGUGUUACCAGUAUUUUUUUUAAAUAAAUUAUACAGUUGACGGUUCUCAUUGACUUCCAUAUUAUUUGUUUUUCCUACUAUAUAAGUCAAUGGGUAGCAUCAACUGUGUGCUUACCAUCAUUUAUCAAAAUAUCUUCUUUUUUAUUUAAAGGGAUAGUUCACCCAAAAAUGAAAAUUCUGUCAUCAUUUACUCACUCUGAUGUUGUUACAAACCCGCAUAAAUUUAUUUGUUCUGAACACAAAGGAAGAAAUUUUGAGAAAUGUUUGUAACCAAACCAUUCAUGGACCCCAUCCACUUCCAUAGUAGGAAAAAAUAAUACUGAUGAAGUAAAUGGGGUCCACGAAUGCUUUGGUUACAAACAUUUCUUGAAAUAUCUUCCUUUGUGUUCAUCAGAACAAAGAAAUGUAUACAGGUUUGUGACAACAUGAGGGUGACUAAAUGAUGACAGAAUUUUCAUUUUUGGGUGAACUAUCCCUUUAACAGAAUAAAGAAACUCAUACAGGUUUAGUUCAACAUGAGGAUGAGUAAAUGAUGACAUAAUUAAAAUUUUGGGUACGCUAUCCUUUUAACCACUAGAUGGCAGACUUUCACUUUUCAAAAGUUGUUAAAAUCCUCAGGAACUUUUGUAAGUUAUGACAUCAUAGCCAACCCACAAGUAUCUGCUUUUAAACCAUUUCAACUAAUUUGUAUACAUUUUAGCUUAAGGAUGUGGUAAACUUGUGUACUGUACAUAGUAAGAAAAUAUGUAUAUUUUGCUUGAAAGACAUUAAGGUCAGUUCGCCCCUCAAGACUGGAAAAUAACAUUCACCAUAAAACGAUUGUGUGUCUUUGUGUUAAGUGUCCCUAAAAUACUGCAUCAGUGUGAGUGAUUGGUAUGUGCGCGUCUCAAAAUAGAUCCAUCUUUAUCAGCAGCCAGGCAAGAUACAAGCGGCUGUUAGUGGCACUAGGAAACUCCAUACAUGCAUAAAAUAAAGCUUAAUCGUACCUUUUAAA